AUGAACAGUAUUGACUACGAAGACUAUCCUGCCGUGUCAUCCUGGCCUGACCUCGAGGUGUUGAGAUCAUGGCACAAAGAGUACAUCACCGCGGACGACAAGGACUUCUAUGCCGAUUCGGAUUUUAUGCGCGUCGUCGAAUCCGAUCCUCUGGACACUGAUGAGAUCGAGAAGCAAGUGCAGCGGCUUAUACUGCGGGUGAGAGGGUGGCUCGAUGUCUUCCGUAAAAUUGAGAGGCGGCUUCAAAUCCUCGGCGACAACGGCGAAGCUUCCCUUUCUGUCCAGCAAUGGGAGGUGCGCUGCAACGACAACCAGCCACUCGUCAGAUUGAUCUUGACGAAGGACUGGGAGGGCACCAAACCGUACGCAACCCUGAGUUAUUGUUGGGGAAAUGCAGAAUUUAUCAAACUUACGAGCGACAAUUUUGGCUCUUUCCUGAACGCCAUUCCUCAGGGACAACUCCCUCGAACCAUCCAGGAUGCCGUGCAUAUAGUACGCAGGAUCGGCCUGGAAUUUAUCUGGGUGGACGCCCUCUGUAUUAUCCAGGAUCAGCUAGAAGAUUGGGAGUACGAAGCCUCUUGCAUGAGCGACGUCUACGGCGGCGCCUACGUCAACCUUGCCGCUUCCAGUGCCAGAGACGUCCACGGCGGCUGCUUUGCCGAGUCUCAGCACUACAGCGGCGGCUUCUGUGCGCGGGUUACCAACCUGAGCGAUGGCCCUGACGAAAAUCCUGUAGCCCGGUGCUUCUAUAGUCGCGAGGUCUACAAAGAGUCAUGCUUGAAUAAUCAUCUGGCAACCCGCGCCUGGACGCUGCAGGAGAAGCUCUUGACGUCACGUACGAUAUACUUUGGUGAUCAUGGAUUAUUCUGGGAGUGCCGAUCUGGCAUCGCAUCUGAGUACUUGCCAGACUGGAUUCCAGGGGCGGUGUGCAAUGAUCGGCUGGUGCGGCCGGAGCACGUGGCCUGGGACUGGGACAGAAUUGUCACCCAGUAUUCAGCUGCCGACCUAACAAUCAGUACGGACAGGCUACCUGCCUUGUCUGGGAUUGCUGAAAGGCAGUCUGCGAUUACUGGGGAUGACUAUCUGGCUGGAAUGUGGCGAAAAGAUCUGGAGCUGCAGCUUCUCUGGUCGCCCUUCAAUGCUAAGUCACAAAGACCGGACUGGAGGUCGCCGUCUUGGUCAUGGGCUUCUGUGGAUGGGGCAAAGCAUUAUCCACGUGUUUAUCACUGGUACUACCAUGAGAACCGAACAAACAAGGAAGACCGAGAAAAGACUUUUGACAUUCAUCAGCAUAUCCGUGUGCUGACUGCACGGACUAUACUGUCAGGGCUCGAUCCGCAUGGCAAUGUCAAGGAUGGAGAAAUACGCAUCAGGGUUUCCGCACUGAUCCGCGGAUUAUUUCAAAGCCGGUGUGAGAUUCCCAACAAAAUCCCACCCUUUGCCAGCUACGUGCUGCUCGACGCCGGAACACGACCAUGCCCUAUCUACACGGACUGCUUGGGCGAUGAGUCGGCCAUAGCCGAGAGCGACAACAUAUUUUUGCUUCCCAUAACUUCGGGCCAAACGAUAUCCAAACCAGUGUGUAAGGAGGUUGCCGGCAUCAUUCUUCGCCGACGUGGCCAUUGCAAAGGCCAUUUUCAACGAUUGGGGAGCUUCGAGCUCGAUACAAAACAGCGCCUAAAAGAGGAGCUCGAUGACGAGGAGGUCGAAAGACAACGAGACUACUACGAAUUUAUGGCUGUCCUGGAUAAACCAGACUAUUCGGGUCUCAUGCCACGGUCGGGCGACUUCAAGGAAGCCCUCGCCAACACGUCGGCCGCGAAGGGGCAGUACACGCCAGAAGAUCUAUACCUGCGUGGCUCGCAGCUCCUCGCGGACAGCUAUCGGCAUGGGGUGACUUCCAUGCGCGCUUUUGUCGAGGUGGAUGUAGCCACAGAGUUCAAAACAAUCGAUGUGGCUGUCAAGCUCAAAACAGACUUCGCUCAUCUGAUAAGAGUGCAGAUCUGCAUCUUCGCGCAGGAUCCUAUCUUCUCAGGCGAUUAUGGAAGUGGCAACAGGAUACUCCUAAUUGGGGCUCUAGACAAGUAUGCUGCGGAUAUAGAGGCGCUAGGGACGACUCCGUAUGUGGAGGCGAAUGAGGACGCAGCAGUCAAGAACAUCGACUUUGCUAUCCAGACAGCAAUGGAGAGACACUUGUUCCUGGACUUCCAUUUGGACUACCACCUGGAAACCCCACAGGAACCGGCACCGGGCACACUCCUCGAAACUGUGCUGAACCACCUCAUCGAGCAUAAGUGGACUGAAAGAGCUUCGAAGGACACACAGGCUGUUGCCAUCGGCCACUGCACGAGGUUGACCACCAUGGAAUCAUCGGUGACCAGCGCCAUAGUGAGACUGAUUACAGAAAACAAUCUGCCAGUCCACUUCGUAGGUCUACCAACGAGCGAUCUUUAUAUGAUGGGACGGCCCAAAGCGUCAAAUGAUGACGGACCAAGCAAACCGCACUCCCGGCUGCGAGGGACCAUGCAAAUCCCCUCCAUGAUCAAGGAAUGGGGGCUGAACGGCUGCCUAGGCGUGAACAACGUCGGGAAUGCCUUCACACCGAGCGGCGACGGCGACCCGCUGCAACUCGCCAGCUGGGGGGUCCUGCUAUACCAAGCUGGUACCGAGGCCGACGCGCAGCUCCUAUAUGAGUGCGUCAGCGAGCGGGCGAGGAGGGCGAUUGGGCUAGGUUCGGAGGAGGAGCCACCCGAAACGGCACAUAAUUCUCAAGAAUCAACGCAUAAUGUACCCGUCCCCGGACUUCUCAUCAGGAAUGUUGGCUAUGUGGAAGUCCCAGGGAAGAGUGGCCUUGAGCACGACAAGAUCAGGGUGCCUGCGCGACAGAAGCUGAGUAUCAAGGACGUGGUUUGGGACCCGCCCUCGUUGAGACAUGUGUUGAGGUGA